UAGGCCGAUGGGCCAUGAAAACGUUAGAACUCCAAAAGAAAGCAUCAUCCCUCGUUCCCAUCAUUUCAACAUGCACUUCAAUCUCCAUUCGAUGCAAAAGUCAUUCCCUCCCAGAGCAGCAAGCAAAGCAUAGGCCAACGCGACGUCCUUCGCGCUCCCCUCCAUGUCGAAUCCGCGCGAACCCGAGAACGAGAAGAAGAAGAGGACGAACCCCAUCGCCGUCUUCAUGGCCUUCGGCACGAAAGGCGACGUCUUUCCCAUCGCCGCGAUCGCCGCUGCAUUCGGCGGCGAAAUGAAGGACUACGGAGUGUUCUUCGUCACUCAUUCCGCGCACCAGAGCUUGAGUUGCCAUCUGGCCAAAAGUGGGGUGACCCAUGUGCCCAUUUCGUCGCCGCCCGUUCUUGCCGUGCGGGAGGACAGCAGCCCCGCAGGAUCGUCGGAACCGUCGUUUUCUCUACAGAAGAGGAACGUUACCGAUGCGCACAGACAAGAAUGCUUAUCGGCAGUCGAGAGCAUCUUCGGAGUCGAAGAAGUCAUGGCCGGCGACUUUAUUUUGAUCAACUUCUUUGCUCUGGAAGGAUGGAACCUUGCAGAGCUUUUUCAGGUCCGCUGUGUGGUUGCUGCUCCAUAUGUCGUUCCUUAUAGUGCUCCUUCAUCAUUCGAGCGUCACUUCAGGAAGGAAUUUCCCUUGCUGUACGAUUAUCUCCAAGAAGCUCCCAGUGGCAAGGUCUGCUGGAAAGAUGUGAUGCACUGGAUGUGGCCACUUUUUUCUGAAAGUUGGGGCUAUUGGAGAAGUGAUGUCUUACAUUUAAGUUCCAUUCCUUUUACAGAUCCAGUGACGAGUCUUCCAAAGUGGCACGAGAGAGAUCCAUCUCCUCUUCUCUUGUAUGGGUUUAGCGAGGAUAUUGUUGAACACCCUGAUUAUUGGCCGUCAAAUGUUCGUGUUUGUGGAUUCUGGUUUAUCCCAAUCGAGUGGCAGUUUUCCUGUCAACAGUGUCUUCAAGUUGCAGCACUUGAUUCAGAAGCACAUUCAAAGACAGAAUAUCCAACAUGUUCUGUUCAUGUUCAAUUGCAUUCUUUCCUAAGGACAGAAACUUCAAUGCCACUCGUUUUUGUCGGCCUGAGUUCAAUUGGGAGUAUGGGUUUUAUGCAAAACCCUCGAGCUUUUCUUGCUGUACUGCAAAUUGUUGCCAGAAUUAAAAAUUACAGGUUCAUUCUUUUUACUGCUGGUCACGAACCCUUACAAGCAGCAGUUCUUGCCGCUGCUACAGAGGAAUCAUCAAGUUUUAGUCAAAGACAGUUUGGUGAAGAUGGGAUAAUACUAUUCAAUGGACGAGUCUUCUGCUUUACUGGAAGCAUUCCAUACCUCUGGCUGUUCCCAAAAUGUGCAGUUGCAGUUCAUCAUGGGGGAAGUGGGUCAACCGCAGCAGCACUUAAAGCUGGUAUACCUCAGGUAAUUUGUCCAUUUCUCCUGGAUCAAUUCUACUGGGCUGAGAGGAUGUUCUGGCUUGGGGUAGCCCCUGAACCACUUAAAAGGUGCCAUUUGCUCCCAGAAAGUACUGAUGGCACGUGCAUUAUGGAGGCCACAGAUGUGUUUUCAGGUUCCAUUCACACUGCACUUUCUGCUACAGUCCAAGCACGUGCGUCAGAAAUAUCUUCAAAAAUUGCUCACCAGGAUGGAGUCUCGGAGGCUGUGAAGAUUUUGGAAAGGGAGAUAUGUUCUUAAGAUGGAAGGCUCCUUGAACUGUACUUUAUGUUGUGAUGAGGGUUUUGACCAUGUAGUUCACAGCACAUACACUGCAAUGAAAUGAUUUGUGUUCUGGACAGUUAUAUGCAGAUUUGGGAUUUAGUAUUUUCUUCUCAUGGUGGACAGUACAUGCAGGGAUGGAAACAAAAGGUAAACCCAAAAAUAAGGGCAGAAGUUAUAGAGCACACUAGACAUGAAUUGCCAUUAGAUCUUGAAAAGCAUUUUGAAAAGGACCAACUCUGUUCGGAUGUCUAGAAUACUUUCAAACGAUGAGAAAUAUCGUUGUGGUGCAAUUACUAAUGGCUCUAGACAGAAUAAGAUUCGCACAAGAAACUGAUUUUAUGGCACUUUUAAAUGACCACAAGAAUCAACUCCACAAGUUUCCUUUUUGGCCAACAACCACAGAAUUGACCUAGAAGGGACAACGCAAUCCUCCAAGCUCCACACGACAACGUUAGUUCCACAGCAGGGAUAGGAAAGUGAUGUCAUGAUUCGGCAACACAUGAAAAAUCUCCAUGGAAAAAGAUGAAAUCAAGAAAGUAUUUGGAAAGGAACGGCAAAGGAAUCAAAAUGGAGCCUGAAAACUCUAUUUCUAUGCCUAAGAUGAUGAUAGUGGAAUCAUCGAAUUUACCUGGACAACCACCUAAGACCUAUUUAAGGUUAAGGUCAUGAACGUGAAAUAGAUUUGAAUCGAAAAUCUUACUUUUAUACAAGACCAGUGAAGUGACGACACCAUUUGAAUGAAGUGUAUCUACAAGCGAGAUGCCUGCUCUAUGCCCAGAUUAGGGAAAAUGGAGUACAUUGUCAUUAUUUUAAUUUGCAAUGUCAUUUCUGAAUUUUUAAUUUGUUCAAUUCUAUCCCUGAAUUAUUAAUAAAUGUUCAAUUUAGUC